UCUGAAAUUUCCAAGUAAAUUCUCUAUUGAGGGCUUUAAGUCUUUUCUUGACCUCCUUCAGCUUCUUACAGAUGAUAAACAUAGCAGUACCCUCAAACCUUGUGUUCCAAGCUUCCGCAACUAUGUUUUUGUAAUGAAAAUAUAUGAAGGGCUUAGGAAGAACCUACAUACCGCAGUGAUUAGUUAAGACAGGCAUCAACAGUUUUACCUAGGGCUGGCUAUUUGGUCCGGGUUAUUUGGUUUUAUCCGAAACCGGACCGUAUAACUCGGACCGAGAUCGGACCGGGACCGGAUAGUAAACAAUUCAAUCCAAUCUUUGGGCUUAUAUUUGAGGUAAAAAACUAUUCGGAACCGGAUAAAAAACUGGAUAAAGACCGGAUAAGAGAGCUCAACACCCAAAACUUAAGGGUAAUUAGCAUAAACAGUCAUAAACCUUUGCACUUAGUACAAAACUUAACCAACUCCUCACCCUUUUAGGCCUUAGGCCACUCAAAUCCCCACAAGCUCAAUAUAAAAUCAAGACCGAAUUGAGACCGGACCGGAUCAAAAUCGAACUGUACCCAAUCCAAUCUUUAGUCCUUAUAUUUUCGAAAAAAAAAGACUAGACCUGAUCAAUUUGGGCCAAUUUAACUGGAUCGAUCGGACGGUAUAGGCCCUAGUUUUACCGCUUAUUUUGGAUAAGUAGGUUUAAUGUUUACUUGCUUUGAAUAUUAUGUAGCACCUCAAACCAAAGUAGUAUCCAAAUUCGGAGUUCUGUGGCCAGCAGAGCUGCAGAGGCAGUAAUGGCGGUGGCCCCACCUCUCGAACCAUGUGGAAAAAUGAGUCAAGCUCCUCAAGUCUACGCCUCUGUUUCUUUCCGAACCAAUAUCUACGGUUUUCGCAGCUUUAAUGCUCGAGAAAUUUAUAUAACGAAUCUGGCCAAGCACGAUCAACACCAAACAAAGAUAAAAAAAAAAAAAAAAAAGAAGAAGAAGAUGAACUCGUUUGUGAAAUUCGGAGAUCCCGUCUUCUUCUCUUUCUUUCUCAGCUUCUUCCUCGCACUCUACUUAUGUGCUCUGUUCUCAAACUGUGAAACAGACACGCUUACAUCAGGCGAAGAGAUGAAAGACGGGUACCACUUGGAUUCAAGGUUUGGCGUUUUCAGGCUCGGCUUCUUCACCGCUAACGAUGACAAUCGUUACCUCGGAAUCUGGUACAACAUUCCCGACGACCAACGAUACAGCCGUCAAAGUUACCUGCCUUACUCGGCUUCUUCUCCCGUCUGGGUCGGCAACACGAAUUCCCCCAUACUCGGCAAAACAGGGGCUCUCGUCAUAGCAAGCGACGGAAACUUAAGGAUCGUGAAUGACAGCGGUGGCCAAAUUGCUGCCGUGAACCCCCCUGUCCAAGGAGUUUCAGGUAAAACAAGUGCCAUUUUGCUAGAUUCCGGCAAUUUUAUCCUCCGGGAGCUGAAUCCAGACGGGUCGGUGAAGCGGGAGCUGUGGCAGAGCUUCGAUUAUCCAACGGAUACCCUCCUCCCGGGGAUGAAAUUGGGAGCCAAUUCCCGAACCGGGCAUGUCUGGUCUCUGAAACCAUGGCUCAGGCAGACCGAUUUCACUUUCAGGUUGGACCAAAACGGGACGACCAAGAACCAAUUGGUGAUAUUAUUCAAAGGACGGGUGUAUUGGAGAAGUGGGAAGUGGCUGGAUCAGAUUUUCCCAGGUUUCAGUUUCAGGAAUGUGUCGAAUAACAACGAUGGGGAAGAGCGGUAUGUGGUGGUUUACAGUGUAGAAGGAGGAGAAGGAGAAGACAAUGACGUUGCCUAUCCAAGGAUCACCAUUACUAGCGAUGGCAGUCUUAUUGGUCAGGGUGCAACCAGAUUAGUGGGCUGCGACUUGGAAUCUGUAGGCGCUGAAUGUUCCGGUGAUGCUGAAACGCCCACUUGCGGUAUUCCUUUAUAUCCGAACGACGCGAGUCUGACAGCACAAGGCUACCAAGACUUGCCGCCUGGUAGCCAUGUGAGAGCGGGCCAAUGUCGUCUGAAUUGCUCCCGAAACUGCACUUGCUUAGCUUAUCCGAGACAGAGUCGUGACGGGUCUGGGUGCCAGAUGGGAAUCAAAUUUGCGUACUCAGCUUACUCAUUAAGUCAACCCACAGGUAAUCAUUUUGCCAACUACUACACUUUCUUCAUAAAUAUUCGACCUAAUUACCUAAGCAAGAGUAACAAAAUUUUAUUGCUUGCACAGUUAACGGUUAUGCCGUUAACGGUUUAACCGCUAACCGCACAGUUAAUCGAUUGUUAACCUUUACGAAAAAUGCGGAUCGUUUAAUGAAAGUUGAAAUUUUUUACUGGGUAACCAAGUCAUAAACGAUUAAUCAAUAAGGAUUGUUAAUUAACCAUCUAAAAUAGGUAAAACGCAACAGUCAACCAUGGACACAAUUUGCCCCUUAUCACUCGGCCCUCACUGACUACAAUCUCCUCGUCUUUCGAGCUUGAAGAAAAAACGUAAGCCGAUCGAUGAGUCUAUUUCGCGAACCACGAAUUACUGGGCAUCGAGCAUUGAAUCCUCUCUGGUGGAUUCUCAUUAGAUCGAUGAGAGGAUGAUCGAGAGAGAGAAGCGACAGUGAUCGGCCUCGAUGUUCCUGCCACCGUCAACCCUCCUCCUCUAUCUCUAUUUUACUUGGACUUAGGAAGGGAGAAGUGAAAGAGAUGGUGGCAUCUAGGAUUUAACGGUUCUAGAGUAAAAGAGAAUAAAAUGGUUGUUUUCUCAUGUGUCAGAACAGAAGCGUGCAAUCGAUAAUCCAAACCAAUACGAACGAACACAAAUUUAACGUGGUUUACUAACACAAUGUGUGCUAGCUAAUCCACGGGCAGGGGAGAGCAAAUUUCACUAAUUUGAGGAGAGUACAAGUUACAAACCAAAUUCCAAACGGACAAACCAAACAAACUAACCUGACUGACCUUUACUACAGACUAGGGUGAUGAAGAGUAUUUAUAGAACUAUUCUCCUAAUCCCAAACAGAAAACCAAAUACCUUUUCCCAAACAUACAAGGAAAAUGCCAAAACAAAGUCCAAACACAAACCCAAACAAAAAUAGGCCCAAAACACAAAACAAAACCAAUUCAAAUUCAAGUCAUAUUCUAACAAUCUCCACCUUGACUUGAAUUCUCUGUCAAAUACGAGAUGUACCAGACGCAACCAAAGUUGCCAGAUGUACCAAACGCAACCAAAAUUGCCAGAUGUACCCAGACGCGAUACAUAUCGCCAGACGUAUCCAAAUGCGAUCGAAACCACCAAACUCAAACGCAAUCAAGAUUGCCAGACAUAUCCAAAUGCGAUUCAUAUCGCCAGACCAAACAUGAUGCAAAUCGCCAAACUCAGGUACAGUCAAAAUUGCCAGACGUACCAAACUUCUCCAAAUCAGCUGUACCAGAAUCUCCCCUACCUCCAGAUGCCCCUAAGGGCGAUCAACAAAUCAAAACAUGCAGCAAGUCAAACCCAUGCUGGGACUUGCCAUGCAUAACCAACUUGGUGUUAUUUCCAUCGAUAACACCAACAUCAGAUUUACUACCAACUCCAAACCUGCAACUCCAAAUCGACUUCUCAAUCUUUAAAUCCAGAACAAACAUCCUUGGUGAUUGAAAACCCUGAUCACCACCAAGGGCAACAAACAUAAUUCUCCCCAAACCACAAGCUUUCUUCAAGUUAAGACAAAAUCUACAAAUUGAAUUGAAGAACCUAUUCUACCACGAACCUUGUCAAUUGCGCAUCCGAUCAACCAGGAGCGCGAUCCAAAAUCCGCCAAGACAGUUUCAAAUAGCCAAAAGAUCAACCGCGGCUCUGAUAUCACUUGUCAGAACAGAAGUGUGCAAUCGAUAAUCCAAACCAACACGAAUGAACACAAAUUUAACGUGGUUUACUAACACAAUGUGUGCUAGCUAAUCCACGGGCAGGGGAGAACAAAUUUCACUAAUUUGAGUAGAGUACAGGUUAUAAACCAAAUUCCAAACG